ACAUCCCGCCGGCGACGCUGGUCUCGGAACCUCGAGUCGACAGCGAUGGCGAAUCCAGUGAAGCUCCUCCCGUUGGCCCUCGCGCUGCUGACGGCGCUCACAGAUGGCGCGGUGAUCAAAAACGAGACCGAGCGGGCUUCGAACUGUCCUGCGGGGUACCACGAGUGUAUGAAUGAAAACUGUAUUCCAAACUCGUGGGUUUGUGAUGGUUAUUUGGACUGCUAUCACGGCGAGGACGAGGAUAACUGCUGGAAUACAGACACGACCAUGGGGUAUACCACAUCCUGCAACGGCUUUACCUGCCAUAACGGCAACUGCAUCCCCGGGAGCUAUGUGUGCGACGGCGCCAGCGACUGCCCUUGGGGGGAGGACGAGGAGCAGUGCGGAAGCUCCGACUACCCGAGCACCCACUACCCGACCACCGACUACCCGACCACCGACUACCCGACCACCGACUCCCCCCCCGCCGAGUGUUCCUCUCCCUUCGACCUCGUGGGCGGCAAGUGCAUCCUGGUGGACAUCUUCGAGUCGGUGACGUGGGCAGAGGCCAGGUACCUGUGCGAGAAGUUCGGGGCCGACCUGGUCACCCUCGAGUCGCUGAGCUUCUACACGGCGCUGCUGGACUUCUUGAACUCGAAAGGUCUGGCUGGACACGACUACUGGGUGGGCGCCAACGACACCGAGACGGAGGGAGAAUGGGCGUGGCUUGAUGGGACGCCCGUGAGAAUGGGCACGCCCCUGUGGGCGCUGUACCGUUACAGCAGCAAUGACUAUGAGCAGGAGCCGACCACGAGCAGCAGCAGCAGCAGCAGCGGCGACUGCGCCUUCCUGGACAAGACCCGCUUCCUGUUCAUGGACGACGGCGACUGCGACAGCGCCAAGGCCGCCAUCUGCCAGCUGCUUCCCGGGGCUUCCGCGUCUGCCGGGAAGCCUCGGCGUCUGCCCAAGCCACUGCCCAAGAGGAAGCCUAGACGCCGACCCUGAUCAAGCUCCGCCCGGCUCUCCUGCCUCUGAUGAAGGCGAUUCUGGACUCGUGUCUUUAGGGGUUUACCUGAUCCCUUGAGACAUGUAUGCACACAUACAUACAUACUUACAUACGCGCAUGCAUACAUAUAUACUUACUUACAUAGGCACAUUCAUACAUACAUACAUACUUACAUAGGCACAUGCACACAUACAUACAUACUUACAUAAGCUCAUGCAUACAUAUAUACUUACUUACGCACAAGCACACACACAUACUUACAUACACACAUGCACACAUACAUACAUACUUAUAUACGCACAUUCAUACAUACAUGCAUGUGAACCUCCAUAGAAAGAUUAACAUUGGAUUAAAACUGAUUGUAAAUUUUGAUCGUAUAUUGUUGAAGGAUCUUGAGGAAUAGAAAAAGAAAGAUAGAUGAAUAAAUAAAUUAUAA